AUAGAAGAUUCUUCCCGAUGUUUUUUUGCGCUUCAAUCGCUCAGGAACAUUGUUCUUCUUGGCUACAGCUGACAUCCUGCCUGCUCCAAGAGUCUUAUUUUUAUCGUGUCACGGGGAGAGUUUGCUGCGAUAGAAAUUUAUGGGCGCUUAUUUUGUUGUUUCUUUCAUCGGUGCGAGUAUAAGAAUAGUGUUGUCCUGGUGGUAUUUAGAGGCAAAGCCAGGUUCAUUUGGACUUCUAGCCCAUGCUCAGAAAAAGAAGUGUUGCAUUCGGACGCACCAGCCCGAGACCAUAUCGCCAGGCCGCGCAUCUCUUGCAUCUUGGAUUACUAACUCCUUUUCUGAGACGGCCGAAGGAUCGGAAUCGAAGUCAUAUGGCAAGCAUUGGAUUGAAAACGCGAGAACAAUGGUUACGGCAACACAUGUCCGACACGCACGAUGAAUUUAUUCUUGCUACUUCGCCAUUCUGUUAGCGGGUCCCCAAUGCCAGUCAACAGAAAUUCUAUCCGUUUCUGUUACAGCUGUAUCGUUCAGUGGAAGUCCUUCCAUUUUGCUCCGUGUUAUCUGAG